UUGAAAGAUAACAAGAAGUUGCAACAUCCGUCCCGGGACAAAUGCAGAUUCAUUUGGGGAGUUUUUGCAGUGUUACAGUCACGGCGUAAAGCAGCGAAACGGCUGAGGGAGCAGAGGUGGACGGCGAACAGUGUCUUCAUCCAUUCUUGACUGUCGACAAACAGCAGAAAUGUAUCCAGGAUCAGAAUAUUUGUCAAACUCAUUACAUGCUGCACAGAUAUUUCCGGAGGAAGUUCAGAAGGAGCUGUCUCCGAAAAGGGUCAUUCAAAGCAUCUCACUGAUGACCAAUGAGAGCCCUUAUUCACCUUGUCACCUGAACCUUCUGGGGGGCUCCCCCUGCGCGUGCCGUCGGAGUCCACGACUGUUGACUAAUGGUUAUUAUGAUGUGAGUGAAGAGAGUUUCAUUGAUGAAGAAGGGAAUAUUACCUUAACUCCAUCCAAAAUAAACAUCAGCUACAAGGAAAACCUGGUAAGAGUUUUCCGACGGAGGAGAAAGGCUCGUCGAUCGUUUGCAAGCUUCUUUUCCAUGGAUUCCUCAGGUUCAUGGCUGAACAGCCAACUCUUCAGUGGAGCCAGUUAUCCUCUUGCAGAAUCCUCAUGGAUUGAUGAGGGAAGUGAUUGUGACGCCAGCUACAGCCAAAAGUACGGACAAGGUAGUGUGGAUUUGUCCAGGACUGAUAAAUCUUGGUUAUUAGAAGAAGCUCAACCUCUCAUUGAUGCUGAAGUUUUCUCCACUGAAGAUCUACUGAUAGACAGAUCACAAAGAUUCUUGGAUCUUCCUUCUCAUUCCCAGAUCCGACCAGCAAAGUACUGCGUCAAUAAUGCGACAAAUAGCCCAGAGGCCGAUGUUAGGCUGUCUUUAAAGAGGGUGAACCCUCGCAAGGCGGACAGUCCCAAUGGAGUACCUGAUUUAAUAACCAUCAGGAACUACUUCUCCCACCUGAUAAUUCUGGCCCUCUCCAUCGCCAUCACUGUAUUCGCAAGGUGCUUUCUCGGAGGAGUGAUUGCUGCACUGAUCAGUACCACACUGCUGUUUGCAACCGUACUGACUACAGCAAGAUCAGCAUAUCCUUAUUUCAUUAAAUCACAGAAGAUCCUACAACAGACACAGGCUGAGGCUAUCAAGUAUAAAUGUAACUUGGCUCUUCUACAAGAGAAGCAAUGAAAGGCUCGGAAAUGUCUGGAAAAUUUUGAUGAACUAGUGCAAAGCAUUCAGACCAAGUUGGCAACCUAAUCCUAACUGGUUUAUGAAUAUACUUACAUGAGGGUCCCCCUAUAUGAUGCCUAUUCUACCCAUUGCCAAUAAUGUUCACUCUCUCUUGCCCCCUCUGCAAGCUACUCAAUUGUAUUUAAAACACAAAGGAAAGGCCAUAUGGGCAGUUAACUACCACCUGGUCAAUGGAGACAGAGGAAAGGCAUUAUGGGCAGUUAACUACCACCUGGUCAAUGGGGACGAAACCAGCUAAACAAUCUGCAAGGUGUAGCUUUCUAACGUUUGUAAGCCUUUGCCAAAGUUGGGCAGCAGACAAGUUUAGGAGCAAUAAGUCCUUCUAUUUGUCGAGAUGAAUUCACCAACUGACAUGCUGGACUCCUUUCCUACUUGACAACAGACGUACCAGAAGCAGGGAGCUGUUUGAGGAAUUGCAUGAUUUCUCUGAAUACUUCACCUGAUCAGAAGCCAACUAGGGUAAUAACCUGCUGUCCAAAUCACUCGCCUCCAUUAUUUUGAAUAUGGAAGAGGGAUUGAUGGUCACAAGAUCAUUGAAGGGAUUAUGAACACUCUCCAGGGUCAUAUUGUCAAUGACCAAAUAAGAAAUUAAGACCAUAAAACAUAGGAACAGAACCAGACCAUUAAGCCCAUCAAGUCUUCUCUGUCAUUCCAUCGUGGUUGAUUUCUACCCCUCUCCUGCCUUCUCCUGUAACCUUUAACAUCCUGACUAAGCAAGAACUUAUUAAUCUCUACUCGAAGUAUACCCAAUAACUUGGCCUCCACAGCCACCUGUGCCAAUGAAUUCCUCAGAUUCAUCAGCCUCCAGCUACAGAAAUUCUUCUUCAUCUCUGUUUUAAAGGGUUGUCCCUAAUGGGUGAGUUGUAAAGGAUAGAGCUGUCAGUCUUGAUCUUAGAGGCUCGUAACAGCAGCAAAUGUAAGGCACCCAAUUUAUCUUCACCAUGUAUUGAGGUUGUACUGAACUAUUUUGGUAAUGGGACAUCACUUAAUGGACAUAGAAAGAAUAUACUCAGCAGAUUGAAAUGUACAUCCAUGAAGAGCUACAGGCAACUUUUUUUAAAUGACUCCAGUAAAUUUAAUUUCAUAUCUGGGGAUGAUUGCCAGAUCCAUUCCUUAUGGGUUAUUGCUUCCAAAACCGAUUCAUUUGUGCAGCAGCUCCUCAUGUAGAUGCCACUUUUCAUGAGCCCUUGGUGGAGAGUCUGGUACUUUACCCCCGUUCAUCCAGCCUGAUACCUCUUUAAACGUGAUGCUUGUCACCACCCUUCUGGCCAGUUAGGUCGAGACCCCAACCAGGUCUCUGCUGAUUCCCAGCCCCACCCCCAACUCCCUUCUAGAUCACCUACUGGUUAAUUCCCUGCCUCCUGGUUAUUUACAUUUGUUUGCCCUGUUUGUGCCUCAGAGCAGGAUCAGAUAUUAUUUCACUGGCCUAUGUUGUGAAAUUUGUUGUUUUGUAGCAGCAGUAUAUUCCAGUAUAUAAUAACACAAAUAUAAAUUACAUUAAGAAAAAUAUGCAUAAUAAAUAAGUAGUGCAAAAAGAGAGCCAAUAAAAGGAGGUGAGGUAGUGUAUGUUGUCCAUUGAGAAGGGGAAGAAGCUGUUACCAAGAUGUUGAGUGUGUGUCUUCAGUCUCCUGAAUAACCUCCUCGAAAGUAGCGAUGAGAAGAAAGUGUGGCCAGCAGGUGAGGGUCCUAAUGACAGAUGCCAUGUUUUGAGGCUAGAGCCCAUGAGAGAGCCCACUGAGCCCGCAACUCUCUGCAUCUGUUUCUGAUCCCGUGCAGUCCCCCUCCAUACCAGAUGAUGAUGCAACCAGUUGGAAUACUCUCCAUGGAAAUCUGUGGAAAUUUGUGAGUGUCUUUGCUGGCAUACCAAAUCUCCUCAAACUCCUAUAGCUGCUGGUGUGCCUUCUCUGUAAUUGUAUCAGUGUUUUGGGCUCGGGAUAGGUCUUCAAAAGCAUUGACGUUCGGGAACUUGAAACUGCUCACCCCUUCACCUGCUAAUGGCAAAGUAGUACAACCAUGGCUAACAAGGGAAGUCAAAGUUAACAUAAAAGCAAAAGAGAGGGAAUACACCAAAGCAAAAAUUAGUUGGAAGACAGAGGAUUGGGAAACUUUUAAAACCCUACAGAGAGCAAUUAAAAGAAUCAUUUGGAGGGAAAAGAUGAAAUAUGAAAGCAAGCUAGCAAACAAUAUCAAAGUGGAGAGUAAAAACUUUUUCAAGUACAGUAUGUAAAAAGAUAAAAGGGAGAUGAGGGUGGAUAUAGGACCACUAGAACAUGAUGCAGGAGAAAUAAUAACAGGGCCAAGGAGAUACCAGAUGAACUACCUGAGUAUUCUGCAUCAGUCUUCACUACGGAAGACACUGGCAAUGUGCCAGAUGUUGAAGGGUGUGAGGGAAGAGAAGUGAGUGCAGCUACCAUUAGAAGGGAGAAGGUGCUCAAAAAGUUGUAAGACCUAAGGGUACAUAAGUCGCCUGGGCCAGAUGAACUGCACCCCAGUGUUCCAAAAGAGGUAGUGGAAGAGAUUGUGGAGGCAUUAGUAAUGAUCUUUUAAAAAAAUCACUGGACUCUGGCAUGGUGCCAGAGGACUGGAAAAUUGCAAAUGUCACUCAAUUCUUUAAGAAAGAAGGAAGGCAGCAGAAAGGAAAUUAUAGACCAGUUAGCCUGAUCUCAGUGACUGGGAAGAAAUUGGAGUCAAUUGUUAAGGAUGAGGUUAUGGAGUACUUGGUGACACAGGACAAGAUAAGACAAAGUCAGCAUGGUUUCCUUAAGGGAAAAUCUUGCCUGAUAUACCUGUUGGAAUUCAAUGAGGAGAUUGCAAAUAGGAUAGAUAAAGGGGAUGCAGUGGAUGUUGUAUAUUUGGACUUUCAGAAGGCCUUUCACAAGGUGCUACACAUGAGGCUGCUUAGCAAGUUAAGAGCCCAUGGUAUUACAGGGAAGUUACUGGCAUGAUUAGAGCAUUGGCUGAUUGGUAGGAGGAAGCGUGUGGGAAUAAAAGGAUCCCUUUCUGGUUGGCUGCCAGUAACUAGUGGUGUUCUUCGGGGGUUGGUGUUGGGACCACUUCUUUUUGUGCUGUAUUUAGAUGAUGGAAUAGACGGCUUUUCUGCUAAGUCUGCAGUGGAUACAAAGAUUGGUGGAGGGGCAGGUACUGUUGAGGAAACGGGUAGUGUUGAGGAAACAGGUAGGCUGCAGAAGGACUUGGAUAGAUCAGGAGAAUGAGCAAGAGAGUGGCAAAUGAAAUGCAAUGUUGGAAAAUGCGUGGUCGUGCACUUUGAUAAUAGAAGCAAAUAUUCAAAAUAUUUUCUAAAUGGAGAGAAAAUCCAAAAACCUGAGCUGCAAAGGGACUUGGGAGUCCGUCUGUAGAACACCGUAAAGGUUAUAGUCAUAGUCAUACUUUAUUAAUCCCGGGGGAAAUUGGUUAACUUGCAGGUUGAGUUGGUGGUGAGGAAGGCAACUGCGAUGUUAGCAUUCAUUUCAAGAGGUCUAGAAUACAGAGAAGGGAUGUGAUGCUGAGGCUUUAUAAGGCACUGGUGAGGCCUCACCUUGAGUAUUGUGAACAGUUUUGGGCCCCUCAUCUUAGAAAAGAUGUGCUGACAUUUGAGAAGGUUCAGAGGAGGUUUACAAGGAUAAUUCUGGGAACAAAAGGGUUAUCAUACAAGGAAUGAUUGAUGGCGCUGGGUCUAUACUCACUGGAAUUUAGAUGGAUGAUGGGGGUAUCUCAUUGAAACCUUUCAAAUGUUGAAAGACCAAGACAGAGAAGACAUGAAAAGGAUGUUUCCCAUGUUGGGGGAGUAUAGGACAAGAGGGCACAGACUCAGGAUAGAGGGGCACCCAUUUAAAACAGAGAUGUGGAGAAAUUUCUUUAUCCAGAGGAGGGUGAAUUUGUGGAAUUUAUUACCACAAGCAACUGUGGAGGCCAGGUCAUUUGGUGUAUUUAAGGCAGAGCUUGAAAGGUUCUUGAUUGAACAUGGCAUCAAAGGUUACGGGGUGAAGACUGGGGAAUGGGGCUGAGGAGGGGAAAUGAUCUUCCAUGAUUGAAUGGAGGAGCUGACUUAAUGGGCCAAAUGGCCUAAUUCUGCUCCUAUGUCUUCCGGUCUGAUCCCUCAAUGAGGACGGGUGUGUAUUUCCUUGUCUUCCCCUUCCCCAAAACCAUAAUGAAUUCCUGAUCUUUCUGAUAUUGAGUGCAAGAUUGCUGCAUCACUCAUCCAGCUGAUCUAUCUUGCCCUAUACACAUCUUCAUCACCAUCUGAAAUUCAGCCAACAAUAGUCAUGUAAUUGGCAAAGUUACAGGUUGUGUUUGAGCUGUGCCUAGCCACAGUUGUGGGUGUAGAUAAAUUUGCUGAUAUAUUACUCAAGAUAAAUUUCAUUAGUUCCUUGUGUUCCCCUUUCUGUUUUACAAUAUGUCUGUUUUUUUUUUAAAAAAGCUUGUUAGAAAUUGUUCAUUGAUUCCAUUUUCCUUGUGUCAGUUAUUUAAAUGCAGAAUUAAGCAGUGAUUGAACAGUUGAAAACUUUACUAAAAUUGAUUGGAUUGUUGUCCAUUGGAAAUGCUUUUGCCUUCCCUCUACACCUUCAGAUUUGAAUUUGCUUUUCUUAGCAUAUGAGUGGACAAGCAUUCUGUACUGAGGAUCCAUGAGUUAUGUUAUGGACCUCCUAGAAUGUGCAAAACCUCCAAGAUUUUAUGUCUGAUGCUCUCAGAAUGUUUUCACAAAUGAUGACUAAUAAGAAUGUAUGUACUUAUAUUUAAUAGAUACCCUUCUAAAAUAGUGAAUGUAUUAGAAAUUUGUAAAU